UGGUCUGAUAUAGGAGAUCGCCAAUGACAAGAUGGCCACGGAGCAUUAGAGGAAUCUGUCAACUCUAUCAGCUACAGUGAAAUAACAUUUGGUGCUUUCUAUAAUAAUGGGUUUAUCACAAAGCACCGGUGCGUCGGAAGGAGGAACAGAUGGAUACCACGUCCACGGGGUGCAGGAGAAUUCCCCUGCAGAGAAAGCUGGGCUGGAGCCGUUCUUUGACUUCAUCCUCUCUCUGGGAGACCACAGACUGAACCAGGAGAAUGACAUGCUGAAGGACCUUCUGAAGGCUAACGUGGAGAAGGCAGUGAUCAUGGAGGUGUACAGCACAAAGACCAUGAGGCUGAGGGAGGUGGAGGUGGUGCCCAGUAACAUGUGGGGAGGACAGGGCCUGCUGGGGGCGUCUGUCAGGUUCUGUAGCUACCAAGGAGCCAACGAGAACGUCUGGCAUGUACUGGAUGUGGAUGUGAACUCACCAGCGGCGUUGGCCGGCCUUCAGGCCCACAGUGACUUCAUCGUUGGAGCAGACCAGGUGUUGCAGGAUUCGGAGGACUUCUUCUCGCUGAUCGAGGCCCACGAGGGGAAACCUCUGAAACUGCUGAUCUACAACACAGAGACAAACGCCUGCAGAGAGGUGGUGGUCACACCCAACGGGGCCUGGGGAGGAGAGGGGAGUUUGGGUUGCGGAAUCGGAUACGGCUACCUGCAUAGGAUCCCAUCCAUGUUUCCCUCUCUCCCUGAAGAUGACUCCACGCCAGAGAUGCACGCCAAUGGACACCAAGAGGCGUCUCUGAUGGUGGGUCAGUCCGGCCCACGCCUGGGACAGGGGACAGAGAUGACAGACCAAGAUAACAGACUGGAACAGAUCACUCUGCAGAAAGAGGACCGUCCUCCACCUCUACCCAUACAGGGAAUCAUGGAUCCAGGCUUCUCUGAGUCUGAGGUGGCUAUGAUGGCCCCUGACCAAUCAGAAGACAUGGCUGAUCGACUGGACCUGUCCGUCUCGUCCAUCGACAUGACCGGCACCUCUCUGGCCGUGCACGAGGAAAAGGACAGCAACAACAUCUCCGGCAUCGAAGAGCUGGGUGACAGUGAGCUUCCUGAGACGCCACCAGAGAACUGGAUGGAGACUGAACAUCGGGAGUCCCUUAUCAUGCCCACCGAAUCACAAGACCAAGCGUCCGAAUCCGCUGGAUCCCCUGACACAGUUGUGGAGGCUCCAUUCGCCCCUCCUCCUGUCGUUGAGUCCCUCGCCCCUCUUGUUGAUGCUGAAGCUUCUCUCCCGGACCCAGACAUCACCUCUUUCUCCCCCUCCCCUCCCCUGGACCUCCUGCCCCAGGACCAGCUCCUGCUUCAGCCCCAGGUAAGUGACAUCUUGGUGGGGGACUCACUCACUCAGGACGACGUCACAUUGGAUGGAACACCACCAGAGCCAAUGGUAGAGCCUGACGUCAUCAGCUCACUGGAGCAACUCUCUGUGGAGCAGUCUGAAACCGCCGCGGCGGAACGCCACCAUGACCACCACGAGUGUUGCCAUGACCACCACGAGCAUGAGGUCAGCAACCAGGAAGUGGAGGAAGAGUAGGUUUGUGUGUUUCUUUCCCGGGUCUGGCCACUGCCUGAAGAAACACUAGCAGAGAUACUGAGCAGUCAAACAACAUGGGACAUUUUCAGAACACUGGUGAAAAGACCUGGGGUGAUGUAUUGACAUGACACACUAAUAGAACCAGAUAGAAAUGUAAUGAAUUUAACUGACACGCUUCCCCAAUUUUAUAUGGUGACAAUGGAUGUCUGUUCUAUCUGAAUGUGCUGAACAGGCCUCUGGUAUAUGAGUGAUGGCGAGCGUACAGUCUAUGGUAUAUGAGUGAUGGCGAGCGUACAGUCUAUGGUAUGGUCCAAGAGAACGUUGUACAGUUUUUUUUGUUUUUGUUUUGAAUGACUGGUUGGAUGGGUCACGAGGGAGAUCAUGGUAGAAAUGCAUAACAAUUGUAUUUUUGGGUGUAGAAUCCUGUGUUACAAGUUCAGCUUAAUGUUCCGAUUAGCCGUAAGGGUUGCAAUGUUAUGAACAAUUUGUAGUUUGUUUUUCGUGAAAAAAAGAAAUUAUUUUUUUAUUAUGGUUUUGGAUUUCUUAAAAAAACAAAUCAAUUUAAUGGAAUGGCCAUGUGAAAGAUCCAAAGAUAAUUACACACACACAGAUAAAUACAUUCAUUAUAUAUUGUUGAACUACUUUAUAGAAUUCACUACGACAAACCAGUGCUGUAUAAACUUAAAGCAUAGUUGCACUCUUUUUAAUAUUUGAUUUGUGACGACGACAACUUUUUUAUUUUAUUUUGUCCUGUAAUUUGACUAUUCCUGUUGAAAUGCACUACUUGACAUACGAGUGGACCUCAUAGGCCUGGGUCUAAUACAUUCAAAUACUUGAGCCGCGCUUGAUUUAGUUUGCCAGUAGGCUUGCAUGGCCCUCCUUCCAAAUCCCGUCUCGUUGACUCGAACGUGAGAAGCCUGGGCUUCCGAGGUUAGUUUGCCAGGUACCAUGGUACCAUCUCAAAAGUGCAAACUUCAAGCUAAAUUAAGCGCAUCUCAAAUGUUUAAAAAAAAAAACGCCUAUCAUUUGUUCUUAACUGACUUGCCUAGUUAAAUAAAGUUUUAAUAAAUAACCUUCGCACUUCAGCAAACAAAAUGAUUAGAAACCAUGUGAAGGACUUACCAAGACAAACAGACGAGGUAGAAAGGAGUUGGAGCACUCUACGCAAAAGGCUAAAUUUUAAUUUAGGUCACUUUAAUCCAUUGUACAGGAUGAGAACAGGUGAUGUCUUCCUUGGUUACAGUUAUAGAAAUCCAUGUUUCAAAGUUUUUAAAAUAUUUGAAACGGUCGUUGUUUUUAAUGCAUCAAAUAUAGCAAUUGUUGUUAGUUCUAUGUUCACAAAAGAGAGACAUUUUUAAUGUGGGAUCAGGUUGUAGUUUUAGUUCUUAAACUCAAGAAAGUUGAAUCUGUACUUAAGAGGUAGACCUGUUUUCAAUAAGUUCCAGUGCAUUUCUUUGUUAGACAAUAAUAUUUUGUGGAUUUCUGUAGCGUAAAAGGACCAGAUUCAAUCCGAUCGCGUUUGGUCGGCUACGCACCUUUAUAAAAAAAGUCAAUGUUCCUGUGUUCGCAGAGACUGCAUUCAUCAACGCUGUUGGCUCAAUAGUAAAUUACCUUUGAAUGUAAAGCGUGCUAAAUCUCAAAUCUACCGAAUGAUCGGAUGGAAUCCCAGCCUUUGUUGCAGGGCAUUUUAUUUUUAAAGUGUAAUUUUAUGGGUUUCUGAACACCCUAGGUGAAAGGUCAUUAUUUUGUAAACAUACAGUAGGGAAAGUCUCAUUCCUCCAUGUUACCUCUUAUCUGUGUCAUUUUUGAUCUAUGCAAUUGUCAGCCAUGUUUGUAGUUUUUUUAAGCUGUAGGCAACAUACUGUAGCCAUCUGUAAGCUGGAACCACAGACAAUACAGUAUCAGGGUUGAUCAUUUAAAUUCCAUUUAAAUCAGUCAGUUCAGGAAGUACACUGAAAUUUCCAAUUCUCUUAAAUUCUUUCUGAAUUGACUUGACCGCAACCCUGUGCAGUAGCUUCUGAUUUAAAUAGUGACACUACUGUUGUUAGUUUUAAUAUAAAUGUUUUGAGAAAAUGCUUUUCUGUAAGAGAAGGUUAUUUUGGUCUUCUUCUUUUUAUUUAGGCUAGGCACUUAGUUGUGAGAAAUGAGGGGAGGGGAAAUAUUUUAUCAAUGGAUGGAGAGUUUAUUGUUAAUGAGUGCAAAUGAAAUUCUGAUUGUGAAAAAUUGAUUAAUAUUCUCUGCAAAGCUUGUUAUGCUAAAAUGGAGUCGCUUCUAGUCACUGGAACAAAAAAAUAAAAAUGGUCACAAUUA